CAUUUCCGGGAUGUUUUCUGCGCUGACCAGCCUCCAUCGCCAUUGCAGGUCCAGGGAGUCGGUGUAGCGGCACUUCGUUAGCUAGGGGAAGCCCGAAAGUAAACAGCUCAGGGACGAAUUUGAAAAAAGUACCAUCACACCGACAGCACGCUCGAGACAAGGCUCCUAGUCUAAUCCAUCUGGACUUAAGACUCGGUGGCUCCCUGGCUGUCCGACGAGGAUCUGAGUGAAGAAGCUGUAGUUUGUUAGCAUUUGAAGAAGCCGGAGGAGAGUGACAGAGGAACCGCCAUGGCUCAGAUCCUGCCUAUUCGCUUUCAGGAGCACCUGCAGCUCCAAAACUUAGGGAUCAAUCCAGCCAACAUCGGCUUCAGCACACUCACGAUGGAGUCGGACAAGUUUAUCUGUGUGCGGGAGAAGGUGGGCGAGCAGUCUCAGGUGGUGAUCAUUGACAUGGCCGACCCAAAUACACCUAUCCGCAGGCCCAUCUCAGCUGACAGCGCCAUCAUGAAUCCAGCCAGCAAGGUCAUUGCGCUCAAAGCCUCCAAAACCCUUCAGAUUUUCAACAUUGAGAUGAAGAGCAAGAUGAAGGCACACACCAUGACGGACGAUGUUACCUUCUGGAAGUGGAUCUCCCUUAACACAGUUGCACUUGUGACUGACACUGCCGUCUACCACUGGAGCAUGGAGGGUGACUCGCAGCCUGUGAAAGUCUUUGACCGCCACUCCAGCCUGGCAGGCUGCCAGAUCAUCAACUACCGCACUGACGCUAAGCAGAAAUGGCUCCUGCUCAUCGGCAUCUCAGCCCAGCAAAAUCGGGUGGUGGGAGCCAUGCAGCUCUACUCUGUUGACAGGAAAGUGUCUCAGCCCAUCGAAGGCCAUGCAGCCAGCUUUGCUCAGUUCAAGAUGGAGGGAAAUUCGGAGGAGUCUACUUUGUUCUGCUUUGCUGUCAGAGGCCAAGCUGGAGGAAAGUUGCAUAUCAUAGAAGUGGGAACUCCACCAACGGCCAACCAGCCAUUUCCAAAGAAAGCAGUGGAUGUGUUCUUUCCUCCAGAAGCCCAGAAUGACUUCCCUGUGGCCAUGCAGAUAAGCUCCAAGCAAGAUGUGGUUUUCCUUAUUACCAAAUAUGGCUACAUCCACUUGUAUGACUUGGAGACCGGCACCUGCAUCUACAUGAACCGCAUCAGUGGAGAGACCAUCUUUGUCACCGCUCCACAUGAGGCCACCUCUGGUAUCAUUGGCGUGAACAGGAAAGGACAGGUGCUGUCCGUGUGUGUGGAAGAGGAGAACAUCAUCCCCUACAUCACCAACGUCUUGCAGAAUCCAGACCUGGCUCUCCGCCUAGCUGUCCGCAACAACCUCGCCGGCGCUGAAGAGCUCUUUGCGCGCAAGUUCAACAACCUUUUUGCUGCUGCCAACUUCUCUGAGGCUGCCAAAGUAGCUGCCAAUGCACCAAAGGGUAUCCUUCGUACCCCAGACACCAUCCGUCGCUUCCAGAGUGUUCCAACCCAGCCAGGCCAGACCUCCCCCUUGCUCCAGUACUUUGGUAUCCUGUUGGACCAGGGCCAACUCAACAAGUUUGAGUCCCUGGAGCUCUGCAGGCCCGUCCUGCAGCAGGGGCGAAAGCAACUUCUGGAGAAGUGGCUGAAGGAAGACAAGUUGGAGUGCUCAGAGGAACUUGGUGACCUGGUGAAGGCAGUGGAUCCUACCUUGGCUCUCAGUGUCUACCUGAGGGCCAACGUCCCAAACAAAGUCAUUCAGUGUUUUGCAGAGACUGGUCAGUUCCCCAAGAUCGUCCUGUACGCCAAGAAGGUGGGCUACACUCCAGACUGGAUCUUUCUGCUGAGGAAUGUUAUGAGGAUCAACCCAGAACAAGGACUGCAGUUUGCCCAGAUGCUUGUUCAGGAUGAAGAGCCGCUGGCUGACAUCACACAGAUCGUGGAUGUGUUCAUGGAGUACAACCUGAUCCAGCAGUGCACGUCAUUCCUCCUGGACGCGUUGAAGAACAACAGACCCUCAGAAGGACCACUGCAGACUCGGCUGCUGGAGAUGAACCUCAUGCAUGCUCCACAGGUUGCUGAUGCUAUCCUAGGUAACCAAAUGUUCACCAACUACGAUCGUCCCCACAUCGCCCAGCUGUGUGAGAAGGCUGGACUCCUGCAAAGGGCGCUGGAGCACUACACUGACCUGUACGACAUCAAGCGCGCUGUUGUGCACACACACCUGCUCAACCCAGAGUGGCUGGUGAACUUCUUUGGCUCCCUGUCAGUCGAAGACUCUCUGGAGUGCCUCAGGGCCAUGUUGUCAGCCAACAUCCGCCAGAACCUGCAGAUCUGUGUCCAGGUGGCUUCCAAGUACCACGAGCAGCUCAGCACACAGUCUCUCACUGAGCUCUUUGAGUCAUUCAAGAGCUUUGAAGGUUUGUUCUACUUCCUGGGCUCUAUUGUGAACUUCAGUCAGGACCCUGAAGUUCACUUCAAAUACAUCCAGGCCGCUUGCAAGACAGGCCAGAUAAAAGAGGUGGAGAGGAUCUGUCGAGAGAGCAACUGCUACGACCCAGAGCGCGUCAAAAACUUCCUCAAGGAAGCCAAACUCACCGACCAGCUGCCGCUCAUCAUCGUUUGUGACCGUUUCGACUUUGUCCAUGACCUGGUCCUCUACCUGUAUCGCAACAACCUGCAGAAGUACAUUGAGAUCUAUGUUCAGAAGGUGAACCCUAGCCGUCUGCCUGUUGUGGUUGGUGGUCUGUUGGACGUGGACUGCUCCGAGGACGUCAUUAAGAGUCUGAUCCUGGUCGUCAGGGGACAGUUUUCCACUGAUGAACUGGUCGCUGAGGUUGAAAAGAGAAACAGACUGAAGCUGCUGCUGCCAUGGCUGGAGUCUCGUAUCCAUGAAGGCUGCGAAGAGCCAGCCACCCACAAUGCCCUAGCCAAGAUCUACAUCGACAGCAACAACAACCCAGAACGCUUCCUGCGGGAAAACCCGUUCUAUGACAGCCGUGUGGUGGGAAAGUACUGCGAGAAGAGAGACCCCCACCUGGCCUGUGUGGCCUAUGAGAGAGGACAAUGUGACCAGGAGCUGAUCAAUGUGUGCAAUGAGAACUCCCUGUUCAAGAGCCUUUCUCGCUAUUUGGUCCGUCGCAAAGAUCCCGAGCUGUGGGCUAGCGUGCUGCUCGAGACCAACCCCUUCAGAAGACCACUCAUUGACCAAGUUGUGCAAACAGCACUGUCAGAAACCCAGGACCCAGAGGAGGUGUCAGUCACAGUCAAGGCCUUCAUGACCGCAGAUUUACCGAAUGAGCUCAUUGAGCUGCUGGAGAAGAUUGUAUUGGACAACUCCGUCUUCAGUGAACACAGAAAUCUGCAGAAUCUGCUGAUCCUGACUGCUAUCAAAGCUGACCGCACUCGUGUGAUGGAGUACAUCAGCAGGCUAGACAACUAUGACGCUCCUGAUAUCGCAAACAUCGCCAUCAGCAACGAGCUCUUUGAGGAGGCCUUUGCCAUUUUCAAGAAGUUUGACGUCAACACCUCUGCUGUGCAGGUGCUGAUCGAGCAUAUUGGCAACCUGGACCGGGCCUAUGAGUUUGCAGAACGCUGCAAUGAGCCAGCUGUGUGGAGCCAGCUGGCUAAGGCUCAGCUACAGCAAGGCCUCGUUAAGGAGGCCAUCGACUCCUACAUCAAAGCUGAUGACCCCUCUGCGUACAUGGAGGUGGUGCAGGCUGCUGACAAAAGUGGUAACUGGGAGGACUUGGUCAAAUUCCUUCAGAUGGCUCGUAAGAAGGCCCGUGAGUCCUACGUUGAAACAGAACUCAUCUUUGCUUUGGCCAAAACCAAUCGCCUGGCAGAGCUGGAAGAGUUUAUUAAUGGACCCAACAAUGCUCACAUCCAGCAGGUCGGUGAUCGCUGCUAUGAUGAGAAAAUGUACGAUGCCGCAAAGCUGCUGUACAACAAUGUGUCCAACUUUGGCCGUUUGGCUUCGACCCUCGUGCACCUUGGGGAGUACCAGGCUGCAGUGGACGGCGCCCGUAAGGCCAACAGCACCCGCACCUGGAAAGAGGUGUGCUUCGCCUGCGUGGAUGGAAAGGAGUUCAGACUGGCCCAGAUGUGUGGUCUCCACAUUGUUGUUCACGCUGAUGAGCUGGAGGAGCUGAUCAACUACUAUCAAGACCGCGGUUACUUUGAGGAGCUGAUCACAAUGCUGGAAGCUGCCCUGGGCCUGGAGCGCGCUCACAUGGGAAUGUUCACAGAGCUGGCCAUCCUCUACUCCAAGUUCAAGCCCCAGAAGAUGAGAGAGCAUCUGGAGCUCUUUUGGUCCAGAGUUAACAUUCCAAAGGUGCUGAGAGCAGCAGAGCAGGCGCACCUGUGGGCCGAGCUGGUCUUCCUCUACGACAAGUAUGAGGAGUUCGAUAACGCCAUCAUCACCAUGAUGAACCACCCAUCAGACGCCUGGAAGGAGGGACAGUUCAAAGACAUCAUCACAAAGGUGGCCAACGUGGAGCUGUACUACAAAGCCACCCAGUUCUAUCUGGAGUUUAAGCCCUUGUUACUGAAUGAUUUGCUCAUAGUGCUUUCUCCCAGACUGGACCACUCCCGUGCUGUCAACUUCUUCAGCAAGGUGAAACAGCUGCCUCUGGUCAAACCAUACCUGCGGUCAGUACAGAGCCACAACAACAAAUCAGUCAAUGAAGCACUUAACAAUCUCUUCAUCAUCGAGGAGGACUAUCAGGCUCUGAGAACAUCAAUAGAUGCCUACGACAACUUUGACAACAUCUCGCUGGCCCAGCGCUUGGAGAAGCACGAGCUGAUUGAGUUCAGGCGAAUCGCCGCCUACCUCUUCAAGGGUAACAACCGCUGGAAACAGAGUGUGGAACUCUGCAAGAAGGAUAAACUCUAUAAGGAUGCCAUGCAGUAUGCAUCAGAGUCCAAGGACACAGAGCUGGCAGAGGAGCUGCUGUCCUGGUUCCUCAUGGAGAACAAGAGGGAGUGUUUCGCCGCCUGCCUGUUUACCUGCUAUGACCUGCUGCGGCCUGACGUGGUUCUGGAGACCGCCUGGAGGCACAACAUCAUGGACUUUUCUAUGCCAUACUUCAUUCAGGUCAUGAGGGAAUACCUCAGCAAGGUAGAUAAUCUAGAAACCUCAGAGUCCGUAAGGAAAGAGGAGGAGCAGGCAACAGAGACGCAACCCAUCGUCUACGGCACACCACAGCUGAUGCUGACGGCGGGUCCCACCGUACCUGUGCCCCCUCAGCAAGCCUACGGCUACGGCUACCAGGCACCUGCAGGAUACGUUCAGCCGGCCGCUCAGCCUGGCUUUGGCUACAGCAUGUAAAGACCCCACCCCCCACCCCCCCCUCUCCACAUAUAGGCCGGAGCGACCAUCCAUCCAUCUCCCACAGUCCUUCACCAGACCAUUUCUGUUUCUCUGCCCUCUGCAGGGAGCUCGGGAUAAUACCGAUAAACUUUUUUUUCCAAUUUUAAACUGUCAUGAAGGACUCAGUUUUAUUUGUCGUCAAAGAAAAGAUUGAAUCACAAAGAUUAAUUUCUCACAUUCCUUUUUGACUAGAUUCUUUUUUCUUUUGUUUAUUUUAUUUGAUUGGGAAAUGGUUUAUGUACAACAGGGGGUCUUGUGAGAAGAGCUAGUCCUCUUCGAGUUAAAAAAAAAAAAAAAAAGGUCUGUUGUGAAGCAUCUGAUUUGCACUCUGUAGUGAGAAGAAAUUAAUGUAGAAUCUCUUUUUCCUUUUGUGUGUGUGAGCAGCUUCUUCUGUCCGACUGUAAAAUGCAUUUAAUUAUUGUAUAUUCAGACACACAAACUGCUACCGUGUUCUUCUAUAUUUGAACAUAAGACUGCCGCUUCCAUUGACCACAGUCCUGAAACACUACGUCGUACCUGUCAAGUCCCCCAAACUCCCACUCCGGGGUUAAUUCUUGACGAAAUUCCGAGAGAGUAUUUUACAUACGAUUUUCAGGAAAGGUUCUUUCUUUCCGGCAAAGCCUAUGCAGGACUCUCCAAACAAAUCUGCAGUCCGAUCGCCAUGUGCUUUAAACUCGAACAUGGGACCAUUCCAUCUCAGGAGGUACUGCAGACCUGUUUGACAAACACGCCCCAUGCCGCCUCUUUAUGCUGCAGUUUGUUUCUGCUGGAUAUCUGUUAUUGAGGGUGCAGGAGAGAUUUUGUCAAACCUAAUGCUCCUCACAUCCUGUCGUGUGUCGCCUUUAGCUUUUUCAGUUCAACCCGCUCAUCUUCACAAACAGUAUCACAGACUUGUGGUAAUUUGAAGAUUUUAUUAAAGGCUUGCGUGUAUACAAGAAAUCAAUCAUUAACUCCUUUGAGCUUAUAUUCUUAUCUAAAUUACCUUAGAUUGAAAUUGUGCACUUAAGAUACUUGAUUGUGCAUUAUCAGGAUCAUAAUGAAUGAAACAGCAGUUUUGUUUUCCACUUAACAAUAAAGGCUUCUUGUUUGUCAAGAA